CCAGGCCUGGCCUCAUCCCCUCCUAGGGAAGCCCCUCCAUGCCACUCAUCACCCUUGUUGCCCUUCUCUAGCUCUUCUCUAUCCUUUUGGAGCUACCGCAAGCUGGCCUUGAAGAACCACCCUCUGAAAAGCAAAGAGCCAUGGGCCAAGGAGAAGUUCAGGCAGAUCGCAGAGGCCUACGACGUGCUGAGUGACCCGGUGAAGAAGGGUGUGUACGACAAGUUUGGAGAGGAGGGUCUCAAAGGCGGCAUCCCUCUGGAGUUUGGGAGCGAGAACCCCUGGACCGCGGGCUACGUGUUUCAUGGCAACCCCGAGAAGGUCUUCAAGGAGUUCUUUGGAGGAGACAACCCCUUCGCCGAGUUCUUCGCUGAAGACGGCUUGGAUGCGAUGGUGGCCUUCGGCGGGCUGCGGGGCCGUGGCGUGGCCAAGCAGGACCCCCCGAUCGAGCGGGACCUCUACCUGUCGCUGGAGGACCUCUUCUACGGCUGCACCAAGAAAAUUAAGAUUUCCCGCAGGGUGAUGAACGAGGACGGUUACACAUCCACCAUCAAGGACAAGAUCCUGACCAUCGACGUGCAUCCGGGCUGGAAGGCGGGCACCAGGAUCACCUUCGAGAAGGAAGGAGACCAGGGCCCGAACAUCAUCCCGGCAGACAUUAUCUUCAUUGUCCGCGAGAAGCUGCACCCCCGGUUUAGGAGGGAGGACGACAACCUGCUCUACGUUGCCAGCAUCCCCCUUGGGCAGGCCCUGAUCGGCUGCACGGUGAGUGUGAAGACGCUGGACGACCGGCUGCUGAACAUUCCCAUCAACGACAUUGUCCACCCCAAAUAUUUCAAAAUCGUGCUGGGCGAAGGGAUGCCCCUGCCCCAUGACCCCACCUGCAAAGGGGACCUUGUCAUGUGCUUCGACAUCUGCUUCCCGCGGCACCUCACCCCAGCCAAGAAGCAGCUCCUGCGGCAGGCGCUCCUGAGCUGAGAAGGAGCCUUGUGCCCAUCUCCCUCCCCACUCCCCAGAGGAAUAAAGCCUUCUAGCUACUUGUA